AUGAGGAAGGUCCACAUGGUGUCUGUUUCCACCGCUCUGGUUUGCGCUGCCGCCCUCCUGGUGAGGAGGCUCUCCACCGGCGGAAAGAGUUGGACUUCCCAACGUGACUCCUCCACCUUCAGCUCUCGCCAACGCGAACGGCUGCUGCGGGAGAUCGCAGGACGAGUCGAGGACAUUCUCAGCCUCCGAGAGGCUGGAGCUCACCCGCCCUCCGCGGCCGCCCAUCAGCCGCAGGAGGAACCCUCCCCGAGAGGAAGCUCUCGGGCUGAUGGCGGCGUUGCCCUCCGCGCGUGGCGGGACGCGGCGGAGAGAGCCGUCGGGAACCUGACUCGGGGGACCAUCGGGUGCAGCGACCUGAGACAUCUGACAGGGGUCCGGUUCCUGGGCUCCGGUGACACCAAAACCGUCUCCAAAGGGGAACUGGAGGACGGCACCGGCGUCGCCCUGAAGUCGGUCAACGGCCGAGGGGAGGAGGUCGGGCGUUGUGUCCGGCGAUAUGGACUGACCCGAGGCUGUCACUCUCUGGCCGCCUGCAAGAUUGUCAAAGAGAUCGCUUUGCUCCAAAGGCUUCGGCAUCCCAACAUCAUCCAGUGGUUUGGGCAAUGUUACAAUGAUAGAUUGGAGGAUGUGGCUGUGAUUACAGCAGUUCUGGAGCUGGGAACCCCUGUCGAGAUGAUUCAGCUUUUGCAAACACCCUGGGAAGAGCGCUUUCGGAUUUGCUUGAAUCUGAUAAAUUUGCUCCAUUAUUUGGCUCACUCACCUCUGGGAUCAGUGGUUUUGCUGGAUUUUCAUCCUCGCCAGUUUGUCAUUGUGAAUGGAGAGCUCAAAGUGACCGACUUGGAUGACAUCAGUACAGAAGAGCUUUCGUGUAAGGAAGAUAGUGAUUGCACACUGGCAUUCCCCACCAGGAACUUCAACCUUCAAUGUUCAACAGAGGAGAAAUGUCAAGGAAUAAAUGAAAAGAGAAACCUUUAUAAUGCAUUCAGAUACUUUUUCAUGUACUUGCUGCCGCACAGUGCACCGCCUGCCUUAACACCUCUUCUGAAUGACAUUAUGAAUGCAACAGAAGACCUCCGAUAUGGAAUUAAUAAAACGCUAGAGAUGUUUGGAGAAGUGUUGGAUAUAUACAAAUCUGGGCUGUAUCGUAUCAAUCGUUCUCAGAGCUAUCUGAAAGAUUAUAAAGUAGUUCAGGGAUUUCACGUUCAAGGAAACUGUGACUAUAAAUGUUGGCCAUCGUACAACCACCAGCGAUGUUUGCUGUCAGCCCACGAUGUAGAAGAGGCUGCAACCAUUUGCCAUUCCCAUCGACAAUGCCAAAGUUUUGUUAUUACUCAGCAGACAACAUGGACUGGACGAAUCUUGACAUUGUUCCAAAGCUGCAUCAAUCUGAUACAAGAUACUAACUCAACUGUCUACAUGAAGUCUAGUAGCUUAAAGGCACCUCUGUGAAGAAGCAACAGAUCAUAAGAAAAGCUUAUCUAGAAAGAAAUCUGAGACUUAAUUAUGGCUUCAGGAAUUAAAUCCUAUUUCAGUUAUUUGCACUACAACUGUUUGUUUAAUAUGCCAGCAACUAAACCACAGAUUCUUGAAUUAGAUAUGAACAUAGAAUUAUUGGAUCUCUUCCAGGGAAGGAUCACCAGUCAGGAGAUGCUUGCCAAAAUAUUCAGUGUUAUUCCUCAAGUAGGUUUACUCUGCAAUUUUGUAAUGGUAGUAUUGUGAAUUUUGCAACUUUAAAAGCUUUCCAGGAGAGAAGCACUCCUUAAUAUGUGGAGGGGGCGGACCACCGUAUCUGUAAUUUAAGGAGAUUUUAUAUGUUGCUCAUGGAGUAGUGAUGGACAAGAGAAAUUCUUAUAGGUACUGUGUAGCAAACAUAACUGAAAAUGUACUGACCUUGUAGGUUACACUUGUACUUUCAAUGAAAGAAUGUAAUACAUCAACAUUUUUUUAAAAAAAGAAUAAAAUUACAAU